AUGGAUGAUGUUGAGAUCUGUUUGUUCAAUUGGAAAAGCAGAUUACUCUUUACAUCAGUAGAAAUGGACAGCAGCAGUUUCAUUCAGUUUGAUGUGCCCGAGUACAGCAACACUGUUCUGAGCCAGUUGAACGAACUCCGCUUGCAAGGAAAGCUGUGCGACAUAAUCGUGCACAUUCAGGGUCAGCCGUUUCGAGCCCAUAAAGCUGUCUUAGCUGCCAGUUCGCCGUAUUUCCGCGACCAUUCAGCAUUAAGCACCAUGAGUGGCUUAUCAAUAUCCGUUAUUAAAAAUCCCAAUGUUUUUGAACAGUUGCUUUCUUUUUGUUACACUGGAAGGAUGUCCUUGCAGCUGAAGGAUGUUGUUAGUUUCCUAACUGCCGCUAGCUUUCUACAGAUGCAGUGCGUCAUCGAUAAGUGCACACAGAUACUGGAGAGUAUUCAUUCAAAGAUCAGCGUUGGCGAUGUUGACUCUGUCACUGUUGGUGCUGAAGAGAAUUCAGAAAAUCGCAACGGAGUUAAAGACAGCAGCUACUUUGCCAAUCCUAUUGAGAUAUCUCCCCCCUAUUGCUCUCAGGUGCGACAGUCGGCAGCAGGCAGCGAUCUCAGGAUGGAAACUGCUCCAGGCAAAACUCUACGUAGUCGUCUGCAAGAAGAAGGGCAUUCAGAUCGAGGAAGCAGUGGGAGUAUCUCUGAAUACGAGAUUCAGAUUGAAGGUGAUCAUGAGCAAGGAGACCUGAUAGUAAGGGAAAGUCAGAUUGCAGAGGUGAAAGUUAAAAUGGAAAAGUCUGACAGGCCCAGCUGCUCGGAUAGCUCUUCCCUUGGUGAUGAUGGAUAUCAUACUGAAAUGGUGGAUGGAGAGCAAGUGAUGGCUGUAAACGUUGGCUCCUAUGGGUCUGUCUUACAACAUGUUUAUUCGUUUACCCAUGCCUCAUCGCAGGCAACAGGUAUGUCUGAAGCCUUCGGAAGCCUGAGCAAUACGAGUCCCUCAAGGUCAAUGCUGAGCUGUUUCAGAGGUGGUCGUGCACGCCAAAAACGGGUAUCCACUGGUCACUUGCAUAGUGAUGUUCAGGGCUUGGUGCAAGGGGCCGACAGUGAAUCCAUGGUGAGUAACCCAGGAUAUGAAAAUAGUCCACGGGAAAGAAAUCCAAGAGGUCAUUGGUAUCCAUACAACGAGAGGCUAAUUUGUAUUUACUGUGGGAAGUCUUUCAACCAGAAAGGGAGCCUUGAUCGACACAUGCGAUUGCACAUGGGAAUAACUCCUUUUGUGUGCAAGUUUUGUGGGAAGAAAUAUACCCGCAAGGACCAACUUGAGUAUCAUAUUCGUGGUCACACAGAUGACAAGCCCUUUCGCUGUGAGAUCUGUGGAAAAUGUUUUCCUUUCCAGGGUACACUAAACCAGCAUUUGCGAAAAAAUCACCCUGGGCUAACAGAAGUAAGAAACAGGGUAGAGUCUCCAGACAGAACAGAAGCAUUUAUGGAACAGAAAGUAGAUAAUGAUGCUUCAGCUUCUGAAGCUAUGGAUUCUAGUAUGGAAAUUCAUGCAAUGUCUAACACAUCUGAUUAAAAUAUUACACUCAAGUGCAACACAAACAAGCACAUUACUAAUGUAUUUUUAAAAUAUUUUAUUCUUUUAGUAAUCUUCAGUACAAGUAUAACAGCCUUUUAAUUUUCCUGACUUUCUGGAAAUCAGUUUGAAAUGGUUUCUGGAGAAGACUACAUAAGUAUUCUUUGUUUUUGAAGGAGGCU